AUGGCUUCACAAGCUGUCACCUCGGCUUUACAGCAGAUUGAGGCGGCACCGGCCAGCGAAAAGCCCUCUCAGUACACUGCUCUCCUCCAACAGAUCAUAGAAUCAUCCACCAAUAUCGCCGCCGAUCUGAACGCAUACGCACAAACCCUCCUCGAUGACUCGCUCGGCAUAGUCGUUCUGCGGCCACUCCUCGCUGCUUUCGUAGAUGCGUUCCGGACUGUCAAGGACGCAGACGCCAGGAUUGAAGUUGGAGAGAAGGUCAUCACACUAUUACAGUCCAAGGGCGCGGGCCAGUAUGAGGAGCAGGACACUCAGAUCAAGCAUGCUCUUGCAGAUGCGUUCGAGCAGAACGAGGACUUCAGACGGUCAGCACAGACGCUCGCGACCAUAAACCUUGAGUCAACACAAAAGUCUGUCUCCGCGGAUGACAAGGCGCAGGUCUGGAUCCGGAUAGUGCGGUGCUAUCUGGAGGAAGACGAUCCAACGAGCGCCUUCACACAUCUGAACAAGAUCAAGAACAUCAUCUUCAACGUACAAGACAAGACCACCAAGGUCAUGUUUCAAUUGAGUCAAGCCCGCAUUCUCGACUCGCAACGGUCCUUCCUUGAUGCUGCCCAGGGAUACUACACUUUGAGCAACGAGCCAGUUGUGGACGCUGAAGAGCGCGACAACUUUCUUGGGAAAGCAAUCAUCUGUGCAGUCCUCGCUCCUGCUGGUCCGCAACGAGGUAAGAUGUUGGCCAAGCUCUACAAGGACGACCGAGCCAGUUCCGCCGACGACUAUGCCAUCCUCGAGAAGAUCUUCCUGAACCGUCUCCUCACACCUGCCGAGAUCAACGCCUUCUCCGCCAAGCUCGAGCCUCACCAUCUCGCCCGGGCCGCUGAUGGCUUGACUGUGCUCGACAAGGCUAUCCUGGAACACAACUUGCUCGGCGCAUCGAAGCUCUAUAACAACAUCGGAUUUGAUCAGCUGGGCGAACUACUGGGCAUCGACGCUGAGAAGGCCGAGGACUACGCGGCAAAGAUGUUAGAGCAAGGCCGACUUGCAGGUUACAUCGACCAGAUCGACCGAUACGUUUUCUUCGAGGGCGAGGCCAGUGGUGAGCGUAAGACAGGGCACGCAGAGCGCGUUGUCGGCAAAGAGCUACGGAAGUGGGAUGCCAACGUCACAGGCCUGGCAGAGGAGGUGGAGAAGGUCACGUCGAUGAUUCAGAACCAAUAUCCCGACUUCUAUGCAGCGCAGGUGGCGCACUAG